UCCUUCUUAGGCUUCUGCUCUAUAUUCUUCUCUUUACCUCAAAACUCCGUCGUAUUUGAGCUCAAUUCUCAAAUUGGUUUGAUUCAGUCUCCGGCCUCGUCGUCAUCCUUAUCGUCCAUACAAGGUUCUCGUUUCAAAAUUCGUUGAUCGUGACGGUGACGAAGGAGAUUACUGCACAUUAUGGAUUAAAGAAUCAGAGUCUCAGACUAGAUGUAUAUACCUAGAAGACAUGCCAAUCAGGUACGCCAAGAGUUGCCAUGGUGUGCUAUGCCUGAUUCUUUCCCAGAGUUAUUUCAGCCUCGAUGGCGAUGAAACAGAAAGAAUCCGUUCUUACGGCAUGAUUUUUGAUGCUUACGCAUUGAAUCCAUCCACUAGGGAAAUGAAGGCCUUACCUUCAAUUAAGGUGCCUACUAAACCACCUAGUGAAUAUAUGUUACGUAUAGGGUUUGGAUUUGGGCUGUCUAAAAACAAGGCCUGGAAGAUCAUCAUGCUUUUGAGAUUUGAAGAUAUGGAUUCUGAAAGUGAAUAUAGUCACCAAAUUGUAAUGGUUUGUAGCCAAGUAGAGGAUUUGUGGAAGUGGAGGCAAAUAGAUGCAGUUCAUGGUCUUGAACAUAUUCCUUACCUAAACUACACUCGAGACUGCUAUUUGAAAGGAAAAUAUUAUUGGUUGUGUUCCACUGAUCAUUUGAUUUGGUUUGACAUGGAUGAUGAGACUUUUGGUAAGAUUAAGAUUCCAUCAGGAUUGGAUACUCAUUUCAUUACGGUUAUGAAUGAUACUAUUGCUGUAAUUAGUCUUCCGCAUAUGUUUGUGGAUGAUGAGGAUUUCAUCAACAUUUGGUUAAUGGAUGAAAAUAAUAAUAAUAUUAAUUGGCAAAAACAUUCAAGUAUACACUUUGAUUGUAGCAUAACUAGCUAUUGGACCCCAGUAGGAAUUUGGAAUUUGGGUGGCCAAUUGCUAGUGUUUUCAAGUGAUAUGGAAUUACAAGGGGAUGUGGCUUCUUUCAAGGAUGGUUGUGGACCAGAUCUAAUUUCUAUUGAUUUGGUAACUCAAGAAAAGAAGAUUAUUUGUACAAGUGAAGUGAAGAAGAGUGCAUUUAAUAUUGGUUUCAAUUCAGGUGGGAAUGCUCAAAUUUUCAAUGAAAGGAAUAUUUAUAAAGAUGAAGAAUGGCAUGAUAAGAAUAUUGCUUGGUAUUGUCAUGGACUAAAUCCAUACGCUCGAGAUUUUCAUGAGAGUUUGAAAUUUCUUUAAGAACAAAAAUAUGUUUAUGUUUCUAUAUUUAUUUGCACUUUUAUGGAGCAAGGAUGCAUGCCUUUUCUUUCUCCUUCUACUUAUCUUGAUAAUAAAUUUUUGUUUAGUGCUUA